CCUCGGCGCCUCCGUGCGCUCGGCCAACGGCCUGUGAGAGCGCUCCCCCAAGCACCCCGGGAGCCGGCGGGCGGCGGCCCUUGCCGGGGACCUCCAGCGGGCCGAGGGGGACAAAAGUGACUGUAAAUCCAGCCAGUGCACUUUGCAACAAGAAAGGAUUUAAUAUGAAGCCCAGAAGCAGAUAGUGCCAAGUCGCAAGCAGUAGUUGGUACACAUUUCUGGAAAAGCAGUGUCCGUGUUGUUAUGUACACCUACAAAAAGUUCAGAUCAGUAGGGGCGUUGUGCAAAGUAAACUGAACUACAGGUGUGAGUGGGGCAGCGUUUCCUUCUCCCACAGCUACUGAAAUGGCAGAAAUUAGUCGCAUCCAGUAUGAAAUGGAAUACACCAAAGGUAUUAGUCAGCGAAUGAGAGUCCCAGAAAAAUUAAAGGUAGCACCACCAAAUGCUGACCUGGAACAAGGAUUCCAAGAAGGAGUCCCGAACGGGAGUGUGAUUAUGCAAGUUCCAGAGAGGAUUGUUGUAGCAGGAAAUAAUGAAGACAUUCCAUUUUCAAGACCAGCAGACCUUGACCUUAUUCAGUCAACUCCUUUUAAGCCUCUGGCACUAAAAACACCACCUCGUGUACUUACUCUAAGUGAAAGACCGCUAGAUUUUCUGGAUUUAGAAAGACCCACUCCAACCCCUCAAAAUGAAGAAAUCCGUGCAGUUGGCAGGCUAAAAAGAGAGCGCUCUAUGAGUGAAAAUGCUGUUUGCCAAAACGGACAGCUGGUCAGAACUGACUCCAUACCUGUGUUGCGUGGUGGGUCUGCUGCCGCCACUUCUAAUCCACAUCAUGACAACGUCAGGUAUGGCAUUUCAAAUCUAGACACAAUGCUUGAAGGAACGUCAGAUGACAUGACUGUGGUAGAUGCAGCAUCUUUACGACGACAGAUAAUCAAGCUAAAUAGACGGCUACAACUUCUAGAAGAGGAGAACAAAGAAUGCGCUAAAAGAGAAAUGGUUAUGUAUUCAAUUACUGUAGCAUUCUGGCUGCUUAAUAGCUGGCUCUGGUUUCGCCGCUAGAGAUAACCUCAGCUCUCAAAACUAUUGUCUCAACAGCUGGAAAUAUAAAGAAUUUGCAAACUU